AUGUCAAACUUCAACGGCCGCCGCGGCCCCAACGUGUCGCAGUAUCUGCGCGACCUCAACGCCAUCAACCGUCAGGAGAACGCUCAGGAGGAGCCGUUCAACAUGGAGGAGGAUCUUGCUCUCUUCACCAACACCCAGUUCUUCGACUUUGAGACUGGCCAGAACACAGACUACCAGGCUCAUCCCACAAAGAUCGAUUUGGAGGUUUCCCAGAGCACUUCGCCUUCGGAUGACAUGACCCCGGCUCCCUCCGUCGUGGGCGAUAUCGCUACCAACAACUUUGAUUUUAUUCAGGGUGAGUUUCUACCAUCUCGAUUUUGUAUGGCACUUUCCCACUGGUUACCUCAAACCGGUUGUGAUGAGAUGGAAGCACAGCGAAUGGGAUGA